CUUCGCGCUACCAACAGUCUCUCGGUUAUCCUUAAUCUCAUACUCAUACUUACAAAAGACUCAAGUGACGGCUAAAUGCCUAGUAAAGAAGUCAAGAAUUCAAAAAGAAAAAGAAGUCGAUAUCCACGCGCAGUUGUCCAGAAGUUGAAAUCUGUUGGGCAAGCUAUUGAACCUGAAUUGCUAGUCAGUGCUGUCCCAUGUGCAAACCGUGCGUACUACCCUCACUGGUCUCAUGAAGACCUAAUUUCAGGUGUCAGCAAUGGGACACUUCUCUCUGGUAACCUUCGUAUUAAUCCAAAAAGCUUCGAAGAUGGAUACAUAAAACACCCGGCUGGUGAUACUGAUGUAUACAUCUCAACUUUAGCAUCCAGAAACCGAGCACUACCUAAUGAUAUUGUUGCUGUCAUGUUGGAACCAAAACGUCAGUGGAGGGUGUUUGAUUCUUUUAUCGACGAAGCAGCCAUGAAAAAAAUCGGGGAUUCAAAUCAGAAAAAACCUGCAUAUGUCACGUUGGAACAGUUUCUUAAGAUUCAACCUACGGGGCUAGAGCAACUCAUAGGAAGUCAUCUUGCACACGAGAUUGCACUAAAUCUAGACUCACCGUCAGACCCAGUUGAUUCCUUGUCAGUUGAGAAAAGUGUGGAAAAUUAUGCAGCUUGGUGGUCGAUUAUACAGAGGACUGGUCAUGUUGUUGGAAUCCUUCAGCCGCUACAUUCCCGUGCUUUCAUAGGAAAUCUUCAAAGUCCUAGUAAUUUCCAAACUCCAAAAAAAAAAUCUCUAAAACUUGAUCAAAGUGGCAACCCUACGAAUUCCGUUUGCUCAGAAGGUCACAAUCAACCAACGGUCCAAAAUACAGAUUCAGUUUCAUCUAAUUGGAGGAAUGCUGUGCUCAUACCUACAGAUACACGUCUACCACGAGUCUUCAUACCCCGUGAAGUUUGCCCGGAAGGAUUCCUGAAAAAUCCAGAAACUUACAAAAACGUCCGUUUUAUUGGUCGUAUCACUGAAUGGCUUGAUUCGAAUAUGUUCCCAAAAGGGGAGUUAUUACGAGAAUUGUCUUGUGAUUCUUCUAAUCUGAUUCAGGAUGAAACAGAUAGGAUCUUAGUUGGCGCAGGAUUCGUUUGGGGUGUGGAUGCAGCUUUGCAGUUUCCCGAUAUUGUCACCGAGUCAGUUCGUAAGUCUAUUGAUGACGUGAAUGCUAUUCGUGAAAAGGAUUCUAUGUUCCGUAGAGAUUUUCGAAAAUACUGUGUUUUUACAAUCGAUCCCAGUACUGCUCGAGAUCUUGAUGAUGCUUUGCACAUUAGACAGUUGGAACCGAAUGAAAUAAAGAAAUUAGAAUCUGAUGGUUAUCAAGACGCUUUUUAUGAGGUCGGUGUACAUAUAGCUGAUGUGUCAUAUUUUGUGAAACCAGACAGCCCAGUUGAUGAGGAGGCGGCUACUAGAGCAACUUCUAUAUAUUUAGUGCAACUGUGCAUUCCUAUGCUACCACGUCUACUCUGUGAAGAACAGUGUAGUCUUAAUCCAGGAGAAGACAAAUUAACAUUUUCUGUAGUAUUCACUGUAACCAAGGACGCUAAGAUUUUAACAACAUGGUUCGGUCGUACAUUUGUUCGUUCUUGUUGUAAACUCAGUUAUCAAGACGCACAGGAAUUUAUUGACCACCCUGAUAAGGACUGGUCGUCCAAUAACUUUGUCAAAGUAUAUGAACCAUUUACCACACUGGAUAUAUGCAAAAAUGUCCUACAGCUAAACAAUCUGGCUACUAAAAUGCGUAAAACUCGUUUUCAUUCUGGAGCUCUUCGCUUAGAUCAAGUGAAGUCAUCUUUUUCACUUGAUAGUGAAAGUGGGCUACCGUUGGGAAUAGCUCCGUAUAUAGCGAUACAGAGUAAUUGGCUUAUUGAGGAAUGGAUGUUAGCAGCAAACAAAUCAGUUGCUGAACGUUUAGCUAAAUACUUACCUGGCUCAGCUUUCUUGAGACGACAUCCACCACCAUCCAUAAAGCAGUUAACUGAAGUUUCAUCCAUUCUAAAUGCUCAUGGAAUAAAUGUUAAUGUUGAUUCUGCAGGUUCAAUACAGGGUUCGAUUUGCCAUGAAGCAGGUUGUAACAUUGAAGUCGGAUAUCAAUUUCCAGAUUCUCUUGUCCAAUUGUGUGGUGAUUAUAUGUCCGAUGUUUCGACUCUUGAAGCUAAUGUGAUAAGCGAAAUGGAAACACUAAAUCUCAACUCAGUUGAUCAAACGAAAAAGUUACCGCCGAAAACUCUUAAACAUGAAGCACAACUUCUUGUUACAGUUGCUUUAUUAUCUAAGACAAUGAAUUUGGCCGUCUACUUUUGUUUAGGUCUCCUACCAUCCGAAUUAUCGCCUGCACAUUAUAGUUUAAACGUGCAAUCAUAUACUCAUUUCACUUCUCCUAUUCGUCGUUACGCAGAUGUUAUCGUUCACCGGCAAUUAUCAGCUACCUUGGCCGAAGACGAAAGUGAUCCUGAAAAAGCAGCGUGGUAUUUAAGUACGGCCCUCUCAAAGGAAAUGACGCCAGUUAAAUUACAACAACAAGCUGAAGUUUGCAAUUCCAAAAAAUUGUCUGCUCGACUUGCCAGCGAAGAAAGUGCAGAAUUUUUCUUUGUUCUGUUUGUUAAGGAAACAGGUCCAUUUACCGAAGUAUGUGCUGUAACAUCUGUACUCGAUCGUUCAUUUGAUGUUCUUAUUCUUUCUUGUGGUCUCACUAAAAGAGUUUAUUUGCAGAAUCUAAAUUUGAAAAGUUAUAAAUUUGUUCCACCUCGUAUUGUUAAUGGGAAAGUCAUGGAGUGCGGAAAACUUUGUCUUAUAUGGAAUAGUGAUUUAUUAAAAAAUUCAAAUGCCAGUUGUUCAGAUUCCGCAGAUUGUGUUCAAAAUGAAACUGUUGCUUCAAAGGAUACAUUACCAAGUUGUGGUUGUUAUUCUACGGAAAUUAAACUUUUUGAUGUUGUUCGAUGUUCUGUUUCAGUGGAUCCUUCCAACUCGAUAAACGAUGUCAGUCGGAAUAGUCGUCAAAAUAGUUUAGUCCCGAAAUUACUGGUUACACUUCUACGUUCAACAUGUAAACAGUGUCAUGUUGUUUAAUUAACUAAAUAACUUUCAUUUGAUAAAUUGCACAAGUUAUACAUCAUCAUCAUAUAAUAAUAUAUUUGUAUAUAUAUAUGUAUUUAAUGAUAUGUUGACAUUUAUGCAUAUUUGACAAUGAUAUCCUACUUCUUUCUAUUUGUUACUUCUAUCACUAUUAGUUUAUUAUUGUAAAAUGCAUUUUCUGAUUUAUUAGUUCUGUAUAUGUAUUUUGUUUUUACAAUGAAUGUUCAGCCAUUGAGUACAAGCAGAUAAGUGUACGUAUAGUAGCUCGACUGAUUGUUAAAUUACAAUAGUGACUAAACCAAUCGUUAGAUUUCAUGAUCAACUGACCAAACAUGUGGUUUACCUGUUCAGUUUAGACGUUCUGAAUUUUCAGAUUGAUAAAACAUACUGGCUAAUACAUAACAAUAUUUUGAUUUUUCUCCUUGGAUUGAACAUGGCUCUUUUUCAACAGUGUUGAUUUUGACUUGCAUACAGUUAAAUGAUCACUUGGAUUGAUUGAAACCAAUGACUUGUCAAUAAAAUCAUAUCUUUUUAUUCCAAUUGUUUCUUUUCAUUUCUGCUGUAAUAUUAUAUUAAAUGGGAUGACUUUAAAUUGUCAGUGUUUACUUUUCAUGAAAUAUAUAUUUCAUUUAAAA